AUGCCACUAGAAGUAACGAGAGGACCAAGAAUGAGGGGCAAGAGUUCUUUCGCAGCAGGAGCGGCGAAGAAUUUGGGAAUUAUUGUCAAGACGACAGCUUCUUCCAGCUCAAGUUAUGGUUCCGAUUCUUCCCGCCGCGACCGAAUGCUCCGUCACUACACCUCCAUUGCCGAAACCGGAGUUUCAUUCAAAGACAGAAAAGCCCAACGAUCAUCAAUGACUGUAACAGAUGCAGAAGUCCAAGCAGCGUUACCGCCAACUCGCCUGGGACUGCGAUCAACAAUGAGUAUCCCUACUCAAGUCGAUUCGCGAUCGUAUUCGCGAAAAGGGCAAACGACGCAAGUUGGUUCAAAUUUGACUGGAUCCAAUGUUGAGAAAAGAAGCGCGAAUUAUACAUACGGCCCAGCGAUUAAAGAAUUCGCGAGCCGCAAGACAGCUCCCAUCGCCAUCGAACUUGAAGACAUGCGCGCCGUCAAACAAAAGAUGCGCGACGAGUACCAAACACGAUUGAAAAUGGAGUCGAUUCACGAUGAGGAGCCUAGUCAUUCCGAAAUCGACCUUGGCAAAGAGGACUUCGAAGACUACUUUGCUUCAAAAAGCGCGGAGGAACUCCAGCGCGAAUACGAAAUCGCCUCUUUAGCUCGAGAAGUCAGGGAGAAAAAGGAAAAGCAGCUCGCUCAGCGAACGCCGAAUGAAGAACUCGACGACUGGUUGUUUCCACGUGACUCGACGUUUAUCAAAGCGUACUGGAAGAAAAACCCAGAAACGUUCAAGCGGCACACGUGCUCGGGAAACAUCGAUGUGAGGAUGAAGAUGAAUGAUGCAAUUAGCCACGCAGCUGAAAUCGGCGACACGGAGAUUCUAGAGGUCCUACUCGAUCACUCUGGCGUCAGUUCUGCCGAAGCAAGGAUCGAUGAAGCUGGCAAGCAGCGGAUCAUGGAGCUUCUGGACGGGGAAGACGCUUCAACAGGAAUGUUCAGUUCAACAGCGCUACACAAAGCUGCUUAUCGCGGCAAGUACGACAUGGUCAGGCUGCUCCUCAAACUCGGCUGCGAUCCCAAUCUGCAGGGAAAAUCAAUGGACACACGUGGCGGGGCGACCGCGCUGGAUUCUUGCAUUUUUGGACUUUCGUCAAGCGGUUCACACAUUUCAAGGGGUACACCCUUAAUACUUUCGUUGCCAACCGCUGAAAAGACCAUUCCCCCUGACGUUGGAAAAUACGCCACUGCCAUGAAUCGCCUAGAUUACUUCGAGGACCAUUUUAAGGUCCUCCUUUAUCUAAUAGCCGGCGGGGCCAAACCAGAACUGUCAAUGUGCAAUGGUCUCCAGGGCGGAAUCUUCUACCAGAUCUUUCAAAACAUUCUCGAAAACUUGAAGCCCAAUCACAUUCCGAGCAUUUCCGCCAGAUUACAGUACGACCUCGUUGUCGUUUUCGAGGCUCUAUGGAACUGCGGCUAUCGAAUUACAGAAGAUGUCCUUAUCGAAGCUGGAGAAGAGUAUAACUGGGUGAACAGCUUGGAGAUGGUCAAGAAGAUGAUCCAGGUCAAGGGAAGAGAAGUGAUGUCCUUAUCGGAACUUGCUCGCAACGCGUCAAGAGGAGUCUUGCGUGGUAGUCUCGCGAUGAAUCAAAUUCCAAAGUGGAUCCCGUACAGAAUGCGCCGCUGGAUCGCGUUUGGAGAGCUUUACGAAAUUCCAAUGUAA